AUGGCCACUAAAAAGUCAGUUCCUAAAGAAUCAAUAGGAAAGUUUAAAGUGGUAAGUCAGAGGCUGCAUCUCGAUAAACAUGUGUCUGGAGAAAGGUCCUUCUAUUUAUCCAACUUCCCUUAUAUACCACACAAUUAUCAUCUUUUCUUGCGACAGCGUGGCAGAAGGAAGGAAAUAAGGAAGUUUGGAAUAGAUUUGCUGCGGAAUAUAGUGCUCAGGCUACAGAUAUGGGGUUUCCUCAAUGGUUGGACAAUGUACAGUCCAAGACCGAAAACUUGGGCUUCACUUACGUGAAGUACAACAAUAUGACAUUCCAAUUUAAUGAAAUUGAAGAUGUAUUCUUACCAGAAAAGAAUAUUGGAAAGAUGCAUUAUAUAGAUCACGAAUAA